AAAAAAAAAAAAACUAGGGAAAGAGGGCACGUCACAGUGCUUAUUUCCACACGAUGUCUAGUUCUUAUCCGUCCGUGCCAGUCGAAAAACACCAGGCCCAGCUUCCUAAAUCCCAAGCUCCGCCUAUUUUUUUGGCGCCAUAUUCAUCAUCUUCAGCUCUUCUUCUAUUUCUUCUCAAAGCGGAGGAGCUUCUUCCAAUGCCAAGCAUUUUCUCUUCCAUUCUUCCAUCCUAUCCAAUCCAAUCCAAGUGACCCACUGAAAUUGGCAGAACAGAACAACACCCCAGUUGUGAAGUUUGAUGAUUUUGUUGCAUUUUGAAGUAGUCUAGGCACUGAGGUAUGGCACUGGCUGCGCCUUCAAUCUGUUUGUCUAAUAAUGAAGGUAUUGGUAGUGUAUGUAUGAGGUCCAGACUUGCAACUUUUGAUGAAAGGUUUUGCCAGAGAAAGGCACUUCAUUUUCGUGUACUAGUAAUGAAAUUUUGCUCCACUAGCAGAAGGUCCAGGUAUUUCCAUUUGAUCAGUUCUGAUAGAAACUUUCCUGGUUUGGGCUCAAAAUGUUCGACAUUGCCAUUUAGCAAGACACGGGAUAUUUCUUCAUCGUUUGGUACAAGCACAAGUAACUCUGAGGUAUGGCGGGAAAUUAAGCGUCUGGUUGAACAAGUAUCCAAUGGUCUUAAAGAAUGGAGUCAGUUACACUUGGUGAAAGUAGCUGGUCUACUGGCUUGCACGUUUUUGGUCAUCCCAUCGGCCGAUGCUGUAGAUGCUCUAAAAACUUGUGCCUGCUUACUAAAGGAAUGCAGGUUAGAACUUGCAAAAUGCAUUGGAAACCCAUCAUGUGCUGCCAAUGUUGCUUGUCUCCAAACUUGCAACAACCGACCUGAUGAAACUGAAUGCCAGAUAAAAUGUGGGGACCUGUUUGAAAACAGUGUUGUAGAUGAAUUUAAUGAAUGUGCAGUGUCCAGAAAGAAGUGUGUACCAAGGAAAUCAGAUGUGGGCGAAUUUCCUGUCCCAGAUCCUGCUGUUCUUGUUAAAAACUUUGAUAUUUCAACUUUCAAUGGGAAGUGGUUCAUUACAAGCGGCUUGAAUCCGACCUUUGAUACUUUUGAUUGCCAAUUGCAUGAAUUCCACACCGAAUCCAACAAACUUGUGGGGAAUAUAACUUGGAGAAUACGAACUCCAGAUGGUGGCUUUUUCACUCGAUCAACAAUGCAGAGAUUUGUGCAAGAUCCUACCCAGCCUGGAAUACUGUACAAUCAUGACAAUGAGUAUCUUCAUUAUCAAGAUGACUGGUAUAUUCUGUCAUCCCAGAUAGAUAAUAAACCAGAUGACUAUGUAUUUGUGUAUUACCGGGGCAGGAAUGAUGCAUGGGAUGGCUAUGGUGGUGCAGUUGUUUAUACAAGAAGUUCAGUUUUGCCAGAAAGCAUUAUUCCUGAACUACAUAGAGCAGCUAAGAGUGUAGGCCGAGAUUUCAGCACGUUCAUCAGAACAGAUAAUACUUGUGGCCCUGAGCCUCCUCUUGCAGAGAGGCUGGAGAAGAAGUUAGAAGAAGGAGAGAAGAUAAUUAUAGAGGAAGUUGAACAGAUAGAAGGGGAAGUAGAGCAGGAAGUAGAGAAGGUGGAGAAGACUGAGAUGACAUUAUUUCAGAGGUUAGCCGAAGGGUUCAAUGAGCUUAAACAAGAUGAAGAAAAUUUCUUAAGAGGGUUAAGUAAAGAAGAGAUGGAUAUUUUGAAUGACUUGAAAAUGGAAGCAAACGAGAUAGAAAAGAUUUUUGGACGAGCACUGCCACUCAGGAAGCUGAGGUAGGCCAAGAAAACAAUGAACUCUUUGGUUACACUUGCAAAAAAUUUUACAUUUUAUUUACUGGAGAAUAAAAACAUAAUUUACAUCCAUACAUAAAUUCUAAGGAUGGUAUUAUACCAUUCCAUUCUUUUUAUCUUCUUUUAUCAUGCUUCUUGUUUUUCAUAUUUUUCUAGUAAUUCUCUGAUAACUGGUUAGCAUCAAAUUCCUGCAACCGAUCUGUUAUCAGUCUGUAACUCCUUUGUAAUAACAAUUGUUCAAUUCAUAGUUAACUUGCCCAUAUCGGAAAGCAUUGAGUUGCCUUGAGCUA